CUUGCUUAAGCUUACAAUCAUGGCUGAGGCUGACAUUAAAGUUAAAGAGCUGGAAAAACGUGCAUCUGGCCAGGCGUUUGAGCUUAUCCUGAGCCCUCCAUCUACUGAUGCUGCUCCAGACCUUUUAAUCGCCUCUCCAAAGAAAAAGGAAUGCUCACUGGAAGAAAUUCAAAAGAAGCUAGAAGCAGCAGAGGAGAGGCGCAAGUUGCAUGAAGCUGAAAUCUUGAAGCAACUUGCUGAAAAGAGAGAGCAUGAGAAGGAAGUUCUGCAAAAAGCUAAAGAGGAGAAUAAUAAUUUCAGCAAAAUGGCAGAAGAAAAGUUAACUUCAAAAAUGGAAACCAACAAGGAAAAAAGAGAGGCCCAGAUGGCUGCAAAACUCGAGCGAUUGCGAGAGAUGGAGAAGAAAGGAGAAGAAAUCCGAAAAAAAUCAGAAUUGAAAGAAGAAAACUGAGCAUUAACAUCUGUGAACGCAGCCCCAGCAUUGCAGAGUUAAUCCCAUCAGUGUUCCCCC